AGGGGCCUCCAGCCAAGGUGAAACCCCAGAGGGAGCUGUUGUCAGCCAGGAAAGAGCCAGAGAAGAUGAAGAAAGACGUUGGACAUGGCAAGAAGGAGCCAAGGGAAAUCAAAAAGCCUGAAAAAACCACAGAGGAAUCAGAGGGUCCCAAGGGGGAGCUGGGAGGAACCCAAGAGAAGUCCACAGAUGUGAAAAAAGAGGUGGGGAAGGAGAAGGAAGAUCUGGGAAAGGGUAAAGAGAUGCUGAAAGAGAGCAAAGGCACUGGCAAGAGCACAGACAAGGACCAGGCUAAAGAAACGUCAGGAAGGAGCAAAGAGAUGAGCAAGAGCAUGGAAAAGGACCAGGAUAAAGAGGCAUCGGGCGAGAGCACGGACAAGGACCAGGCUGCGAGGGACGUUUGGUACGAAGCAGAGAAGGUCUGGCUGAUCCAGCAGGACGGGUUCACACUCGCCACACAGCUGAAGCCAGACGUGGGGACACCGGAGCUGCCUGCGGGGAGGCUCAGGGUGCGCCGGGACGAGGAUGGCACCGUCAGCGAGGUGGACGAGGACAGCGUGCAGAGGACCAACCCCCCCAGCCUGGACCAGGCCGAGGAUCUGGCCGCCCUCAUCAGCCUCAAUGAGUGCAGCGUCAUGAACACCCUGCGGCAGCGCUUCCGUGCCCGCCUGCCCUGCACCUACGCGGGGCCCAGCCUGGUGGCCAUCGGCACCGGCCCCGCACCCCCCGGCCCCGCCGGCAAGGUUCCCAGGGGGAAGCGGGAUAACCUUCCCCCGCACAUCUGCUCGCUGGCACACAGAGCCUACAGGAAUCUGCUGAUGCAGCGGCAGGACCUGGAGAAGAUCCAGGCGAUGUUCACGGUCCUGGGAGCCUUCGGGUCGGUGACCACCAGCCACAGCAGCAGCUCCACGCGCUUCUCCAUGGUCCUGUCGCUGGAUUUCAGUGCCACUGGCCAGGUCACUGCCGCUCACCUCCAGACAUUGCUGCUGGAGAGGGCCCGUGUUGCCCAGCAGCCUGAAGGAGAGAGCAGCUUCAACAUCUUCCCACUGCUGCUGGCAGGGCUGGAUGUGGCAGAGAGGACGAUGCUGCACCUGCACCAGGUGGCUGAGAGCAAUUCCUUUGGGAUCAAACCUUUCACAAAGCCCGAGGACAAGCAGAGAGCUGCGGUGGCCUUCUCCCAGCUCCGGGCUGCCAUGGGCACGCUGGGCAUCACCGCAGAGGAGCAGGCGGCCGUGUGGCGCAUCCUGGCUGGAAUCUACCACCUGGGAGCUGCUGGAGCCUGCAAAGUUGGCAGGAAGCAGUUCCUGAGGUUUGAGAGUGCCAGCCGUGCUGCCGAGGUGCUGGGCUGUGAUGUGGAGGAGCUCAGCACCGCCGUCUUCAAGCACCACCUGAGGCACAUCCUGGCACAGGUGACAGCCCGGGGCCAGCCCCAAGCAGAGGAGAGCCAGCCAGAGCCGAAGAUGACGGGAGCGGAGUGCGUGCAGGGAAUGGCCUCGGGACUCUACGAGGAGCUCUUUGCCGCCGUGGUCUCGCUCAUCAACAGGUCCUUCUCCUCUCAGCACCUCUCCAUGGCCUCCAUCGCCGUGGUGGACAGCCCUGGCUUCCAGAGCCCACGGCAGCAGCGGAGUGAGCGGGCGGCCACCUUCGAGGAGCUGUGCCACAACUACGUCCAGGAGAGGCUGCAGGGACUCUUCUACGAGAAAACCUUCCUGAGGGAGAUGGAGAGGUACAGAGAGGAAAAUGUUGAGGUGUCUUUUGAUCUUCCAGAGCGCUCUCCACUGGCCACGCUGUCCAUCAUUGACCUGAGCUGCUCCCAGCCGCAGGUGCUCCCGGGCAGCGCCGGGGCCGCUCGCCGGGGGCUGCUGUGGAUCCUGGAUGAGGAGGUGCUGAUCCCAGGCUCCGGGGAUGGCACUGCCUUCGAGCGCCUCUGCUCCUACUUCGCCACCAAGGGACCAGACCAGGAGGGGCACCUGCGCAGGUGUGAGCAGACGCUGCACUUCGAGAUCUGCCACCAGCUGGGCACGGCCCCCGUGCGCUACGACCUCACGGGCUGGGUCAGCAAGGCCAAGUUCAACCUCUCGGCCCAGAAUGCCAUCCAGGUGCUGCAGAAUUCCACAGUGGCCCUGGGACGCUCCCUGGGCAUGAUCCAGGCCCCUGGCUGUUCAUCCCAGGCUUUUGAGGAGGAGCUGGCGGUGCUGAGAAGGAAGCUGGAAAAAUCCGAGCAGGCGUGCAGCGAGCUCAGACUGACUACAGAGAGUCUGGAGAGCAAGAUCAUCGACCUGACCACGGAGCUGUCGGAUGAGCGCUACAAGGGCGAUGUCACCUGCCAGGCCCUGGAUGGGGAGCGGGCGGAGCGGCUGAGGGGCACCCGCGAGCUGCAGGAGCUGCAGAGCAAACACGAUCAAGUGCAGAAGAAACUGGAGUCGGUGGAGAAGCAGCUGGAAGAGGCCCAGCAGCUGGUGCAGCUGCGUGAGAUGAAGAUAAGCGGCUCUGGAGGAGAGGACGAGUGGCAGGUGAGGUUUGACUGUGCCCAGACCGAGAUCGUUUUCCUGCGGAAGCGGCUGGCACAGCUGGAGGAGCGCCUGGAGGCAGAGCUGGGCACCCGGACAGGGCUUGAGCAAAAGCUGGGUGAGGCGCAGGCUGCGUGCCAGGCGGCGCGGGACGGGGCACAGCGGCUGCGGCGGCGCUGCCAGCGCCUGGCCUGCGAGCUGGAGGAUGCCCGGGUGCUGGCCGAGAACCAGCAGAGCCGCAGCCACGAGCUGGAGAAGAGGCAGAAGAAGUUUGACCUGCAGUUAGCCCAGGCCCUGGGACAAUCUGCCUUCGAGAAGAGCCUCCGUGAAAAGCUGUCCCAGGAGAACACUAGCAUCCGCUGGGAGAUGGGCAAACUUCAGCAGAGCCUGGAGCACAAGGAGGCCGAGGUGGCCAGGCUGGAGCAGCAGGUGGCCGUGCUGGCCGGGCGAGUGCAGGAGCUCAGCAGCCCCGGGGGCACGGACACGGUGCCUGCACUCAAGAAGAAGCUCUGGGACCUGGAGGGCAGCGCUGCUGAGCAGAAGAAGGAGCUGGAGAGGCAAACAGCAGCUGUUGAUCACCUGGAGCAGGCCCACGAGAGGCUGGAGCUGGAGAUUGAGCGGAUGAAGCAGAUCCACCAGAAGGAGCUGGAGGACAAGGAUGAGGAGCUGGAGGACACACAGAAGUCCUGCCAGAAGAGGCUCCGGCAGCUGGAGAUGCAGCUGGAGCAGGAGCACGAGCAGAAGCAGAUGGUGCUGCACGAGAAGCAGGACCUGGAAGGGCUCAUUGGCACCUUGUGUGAGCAGAUCGGCCACCGCGACUUCGACGUGGAGAAGCGGCUGCGGCGGGACCUGCGGAGGACCCGAGCCCUCCUGGCCGAUGUUCAGCUGCUGCUGCCGGCCCCGGCACAGCCUGCAGGCAGCGCCCAGGAGCUGGAGCACCUGCGCAGACAGCUGGAAGAGAGUCAAGCAAAGUGUGCAGAGGUCCAGGGAGCCCAACAGACAGCAGCCCAGGAGCUGGAGAACCUGCACACCGAGCUGGAGACCCUCAGCAGAAGCAAGACCCUGGUGGACGAGCAGCUGGUCCAGCUGCAGCAUGAGAGAGCCGACCUGCUGAAACGCAUCGAUGAGGACCAGGAAGACCUGAACGAGCUCAUGGAAAAGCACAAGGCUCUGAUCGCCCAGUCGGCCACAGACAUCGCUCAGAUCCGGGAGCUGCAGACACAGGUGGAGGAUGUGAAGAAAGAAAAGCAGGGCCUGCAGGAGAAGCUGCAGGCAGCUCAGGCCAGGGUGGCACAGCUGGAGCAGUGCCCGGCCGAGCGCUCCAUCGUCAGCCGGCAGGAAGCUCGGAUCCGGGACCUGGAGAGCCAGCUGGACUUCCAGGCCGUGCAGAUGAAGCGCUUCGAGGUGCUGGUGCUGCGCCUGCGAGACAGCAUCAUCCAGAUGGGAGAGGAGCUGGAGAAGGCGGCCGAGUCGGAGGCUCGGGAGAAGGAGAACACCAGGUACUACCAGAGGAGGAUGGAGGAGAUGAAGGCUGACAUGGACGAGCUGGUGCAGAGGGAGCUGGAGUCCAGCCGCCGGCGCAUGGAGCUGGAGCAGCAGCUGGCAGAGCUGGCAGAGGUGAGGCAGGUGCUGCAGGCUGACCUGGGCACCUCCAUCCGCCGCAUCGCAGACCUGCAGGUGGCCCUGGAGGGGCUGCGUGACAGCGAUGACAGCGAUGCUGACAGCGUGCGGACGGCGCGGGAGUCGCUGUGCUCCAGGAGAGACACGGAUGCCUGCUCCAGCGUUGGCUCCGUGCUCAGCCUGGAGCCCGCGGAGAGCAUCAAGUCCUGGCCGAGUUCCUCUGCGGGCUGGACGUCCCUGGCGAGCGCCAGCGUGGCCGGGAGCAUUUCAGCACCGUCCCUCGGCAGCCGCAGCACCCAGAGCCUCAGGGUGAGCAGAGACACCAAGGACCCCUCUCUGACCCCGCUGUCCUCCAGGAGCGCUGCCCGGCCCGGCGAGGCUGCGGAUGCGGGGAAGACGGAGAGCCCCCUGCUGAGGGCCAGAAGACGGGAAUACGGAAAACCUCUGGCAGAAGAAGAGGAGCUGGAGAGCCCAAAGAAGGCGGUGGAUAGGACAGGAGAGACGUCCCCAUCGGUGGUGCGGCGGGGCGGCUCCCCGGCUGCCGUCCAGCGCCGGCCGCAGCCCCCGAGAGCGGACGGGGAGGGCUCCAGCGGCAGAGCCGGGGCCCAGGGCAGCGCCAUGAGCCAACGAGACGAGGCCGAAGGGAAGGAGGACGAUGUCAGCAGCAUCAUGAAGAAGUACCUGGGCAAGGACUAAGGAAGCAAAUUUGCAUAAUGCAACGUCCCACUUUCCGCAGGAUUUGUUUCCAUCAAGAGCAGGAGCUGUCCCCGACCCGCAGUGAUGAGGAGCCACGUUGGGCACACGGCUUCCCUGCUCCUGGCAGAACCACCUCACGUGAGCAGAGACCUCAAAUGGCUCCACAAAAGUCACAAACUCUUUUUGGCCUUGCACACACCGUGGUUUCCUUGUGCUCCUGCCCCGUUUCCCAGCGCAGCAGCUUUGCUCAGGGCCAGCCGCAGGGACAAGGACUUUCCUGUUCUCCUGCAGUUGUUUGACUUGGGAGUUGGUGCUUUAAUUAAAACCCAGCGGCUGCCACAGAUGCUGAGGAUGUGCCAUGGCCUGGGAAAGGCCACUCUGAGAGGAGCUGGAGGGACACCAAACCCCUCCUUUGUAACCCAGAGCUGCAGCCCAGGUGUCUCAUCCCACAUUGCACUGCUCAAAAAUCCGCUGAUCUUCGAGGAUGCUCUUGGGUCUCAGUGUGACACCCAGCAACAGCAGAGCUCUGAAGCUUUUAUAAUUCCACAGGUAUUUGAAGAUGGAUCCAUCUGUGCUUCCAUGGCUCCAGCCUGUGGGGGACAUCUGGGCACAUCCCAGUGGCAUGCAAGGCACAUGGUGUGGGGGCAAUGGGGGGCUCUAUUUAAUGCCUGCUUGGUUUUUACACAAUAAAAUAUUUGCUUCUUUGA